AUGCUUGAAACGAGAUAUGUACCAGCAACCUAUUUUUUGAUGAAGCUAUGUGAACUAACAUGCUUAGCACGGCAUUAUUCAUAUGAGUGCAAGUCGUCCACGCAGGAACGGCCAUAUGUCUCUCGGCCUUCACGCUCUCAGCAGCUUCGCAAUCCCAAACUCGUCCCUAAGCUGACAAGUGAUACUCCAAAUCCCUUGGAGAAAAAGAAGGGUGUUGCAGAUGAAGAGCUUGCCAAGAUAGAGGCUGAGCGGGAAAGGAAGCGAGAGCUUGAGGAGCGCGAGGAUGAGCUGCUAGAUGCAGAGACUCUCGCUCUCCGCCGCCCAGGCGAAGAACUAGCCGAAGCCCGUCACCUCCGCGACGAGAGCGGCGUUCAGUAUCACGCGAUAGCCCAUCUCCUUCGCGUGAGGAUCUCCCGCGAGGAGAUAGAGGUCGCCGGGGACAGCCCACUCAUGGCCGGGAAGACGAUGUUUCACCCCCUCGGCAGCGCCAGCGUGACCAGGAGCCCGGGCGACGCCACGGCAGGCGGCGAAGCUGGUCAGAUUCACGAUCGAGAUCACCACAGCCAGAUGAUCGGCCGUAUCGAAGGCGAGAUGAAGACGGCCCCCAACGUGGCGGCCGUCGCGGCGGGCGUGGUGGAGGGCAAGGAAGAGCACCGCCCAGAGAGGCACCCCGAGAGCGAAGUCUCAGCCCCUUUAGCAAGCGAUUAG